AUGUCGUCGCCUGUGUUUGACAACACAGUUCUCCUACCAACACCCUCAUACUCGACACCUGCAAUCCUACCGCACCCAUCCGAGAUACCAAGUCCGGACCUCUUCGAGGAUGAUACACCUCCGCAAUCUUCCCAGCGGAUGGACGAUAGAAUCCGAAAGGCUUUCGGACAACCGUGGACACCGUCACCUCCACCCACACCAAGAAAGGAAUACCAACCUUGGUGGAACGCUAAUCACGCGCAUCCCAUACCCAGGACAAUCACGCGCAUCAUCCAGGCGGCCAACUUGGAUACAGCUCAAUCCGUAUCGAUCUUCUCAACUUGUCAACCCGUCAUCAACUGGGACAAGUUUGCAGCAUACCUCGUCCGAAAUAACCGAAAUGCUAUAUUUAGCAUCGGUGGGGACCUCCAAAGUCUCGCAGCAGACGCUCGUUCAACAACACGAGUGGAACAAGACUGUGCAACACUCCUACGAAAUGAUCGCGCACAAGGGCAAAAGUUCACCAACCUCAAACGCAAGGCCCGAGUGGACUUGAUAAAGGAGCUAGUUGAAACCUAUGACGCCCGCACAUUGGCCGAGCUCAAAGAUGCGUUGAGCUAUGACGAUCGGCUCAACCUCUAUGCCGAACACGGGCCAUCAUGGAAGGAAACGGCCGAACUCGCGUGCGAAGCAUAUGUAGAACGACUCCGAAAGGAGCAAGAGACGACCACCCUCCACGAAUAUAUUUCCCGGAACAACCACAAUCGGACCUGCCAAAAGCCCAGGUCAACCGACGAAGGAUGUCGGUGGCUAGACCGCUUACUGGCCGUCAAUAACAUCGACAAGAAUAGAUUCCUCACACAGCUCACCAACAUUAUGAAUAAGAAAGAACAGCGCAUUAAUGCGUUCGUUAUUCAAGGACCCACUACCACAGGCAAAUCCUUGAUGCUAAAUCUCCUCACGGAGAAUUACAUCUAUGGAACAGUUCAACGAAGUGGGGACCAUUCGCAAUUCUAUCUCAUGAAUUUGCUGAACAAGGCUGUCGCCCUCAUGGAAGAGCCUCGAAUCACCCCGCUCACGGUGAAUGAUUUUAAGGAACUUCUCGGGGGCCGACAGUUUGACAUUCACGUGAAACACCAGCCAGACGCACGCCUCCGACGACUACCUGUCCUAAUAUCGACAAACACGGACAUAUGCCAGUACCUACAAUCAGAAGACGCCAAGGCUAUAAAAGCCAGAUGUUUCUAUCACCACUUUACCGUACCAAUCCCUUCGGCUCUUCUUCCCGAGCCACCCUGUAUGAUGUGUGCAUGCCACUUUCGGGCA